AUUAUUACUGUAUUGUAUUAAUUGGUAGAGAAUUAGUAUAAAUAUAUAAGUUAUUCGUUGAAUGCAAAACUCAAUUGUAUGCGAAAAAUAUUAAAUAAGUAAAGUUUUAAUAAUUUAAAAUCAAACACAAUGUCUGUAAGAAAGAUACCAUCGUUUAUAAUACGUGAGAUCCGAUUGUCUGAUUGCCAUGAAGUGCGAGAGAUAUGGAAAUCAUCGAAGUCUAAUGUCAUUAAAUGCGGUCCCGAAGCCAUGUUCACAACUGAUCCAAAGGGCGUAUUUGUUGUCGAAAACACCGAUUCUGGAAAAGUGUUUGGAUACGUGAGUGCUGUGAAGCUAUCGCCUGAAUUGGCGUUUAUCGGCGGCUAUGCUGUUAGAGCCGAAUACCAGCGCUUAGGUAUUGGUAAAACCCUAUGGGAUAAAGCGAUGGCAUAUAUGGGCGACACGAAUGUCGGUCUCUUUGCGGCCAAUUUGAAAAUGUUUGCCAUAUAUAGAGAUCUUUACAAUUUUCAACAAAUACCCGACAGAAUGGCUCAACAUAUGAGAGGACCACUCAAUAUCAGCCGAGAUAUUAUCAAUUCAAUUGAUGGCAUCUCUUUAGAGGCCAUCAACGAGAAUAACAUUAGAGAUGUGAUUGAAUACGACAAACAAGUUUGCGAUGGUUUAGACAGAAGUAAUUAUCUCUCAGCUCUCUAUAAGAUCCCCGAAAAUAUCCAUUUAGUGGCCAUUAAUGAUAGGAAAGAAGUGGUCGGCUAUUGUUUUGUUAUUGACACGUGUAAUGGUAUUACGGGUAUUGCGCCCCUCUAUGCAGACAACCAACACAUCGCUGAGUUGUUGGCCAACAAAUGCUGUCAACGUUUACCACCAAAUAAGACAAAUGAUAUAUUGUUGAAGUGUUGGGAUUCAGAUCAAAGGGCUAUUCAAAUGGCAAAGAAAUUGGGUCUAAAGGAGGGCCACAAACAGAUGACUGCAUUCACUAAAAAGGUUAUUGACGGAAAUUUGGAUAAAAUCUAUUGUAUCGCCAGUUCUGCAUAUUUUCCCUUUUAA